ACAUCCUGCCGAUUUUAAAAGGACAGCGGUGAGCGGGAGGAAGGCGACUGGCGCCAUCUUGGCUGUUUUAAUGAGUACAACAGGGGAGAAUUCGCUGGGAGAAAUCACAUAAUCAUUGGAAUUUCACUGUAAAGGGCUCACUGUCGGUGAACCAUACCACAGUUUGAGUGUGUGAGCCAGGGGAACCAGGGCAAUGUUCUACGCCCACUUUGUCCUCAGCAAACGUGGGCCGCUGGCCAAGAUCUGGCUAGCGGCCCACUGGGACAAGAAACUGACAAAGGCCCAUGUAUUUGAAUGCAACCUGGAGAGCAGUGUGGAGAGCAUCAUCUCACCUAAGGUGAAGAUGGCGCUGCGUACAUCUGGCCAUCUGCUCCUCGGGGUGGUGAGAAUCUACCACAGGAAGGCCAAGUACCUGCUUGCUGACUGUAAUGAAGCCUUCAUCAAGAUCAAGAUGGCUUUUAGGCCAGGUGUGGUGGAUCUCCCUGAGGAAAACAGAGAGGCAGCCUACAAUGCCAUCACCUUACCUGAGGAGUUCCAUGACUUUGACCAGCCACUUCCUGAUUUGGAUGACAUAGAUGUGGCCCAGCAGUUCACCCUAAACCAGAGCAGAGUAGAAGAGAUCACCAUGAGGGAAGAAGUUGGCAGCCUCAGCCUCCUUCAGGACAAUGACUUUGCCGACUUUGGUAUGGAUGACCGAGAAAUGAUGCGUGAUGCCAGCACGUUUGAGGAAGAUAUCAUGCACGGUGCCACGGCCUCUAACCUUUUGCUAGAGGCUGAGCCUGGCCCAGCCAACCUACCUGACAAAUCCAACCACAUGGAGUAUGAUGACUUUGGGGAUGCCUCCAUGGGCAACAGUGACGGUGGAAUGCUUGUUGAUAAACUACUGAGCUCUGAAGACGGAGGCGGUAUUUUUGAUGACCCUCCAGCCAUCACAGAAAGUGUCAUGAUGCCCCCAGAUCAUGGGGACGAUGAGGACGACUUUGACAACCUCCAGUCACCGGGACCUGACAGCCCAGACUCUGGCCCAGCAGAGCCACUGCCAGCCAUGGCUGACCAGACUGAACAGACCACAUUGGUUCACAAUGAGGAGGAGGCCUUUGCCCUGGAGCCCAUUGACAUCACUGUGAAAGAGACCAAGGCGAAGCGUAAGAGGAAGCUGAUUGUGGACAGUGUAAAGGAGCUGGACAGUAAAACCAUCAGGGCUCAGCUGUCUGACUACUCGGACAUUGUCACCACCCUUGACCUUGCCCCUCCCACCAAGAAGCUCAUGAUGUGGAAGGAGACCGGAGGAGUGGAGAAGCUUUUCUCUCUGCCUGCCCAGCCCCUUUGGAAUGCCAGGCUGCUCAAGAUGUUCACACGCUGCUUGACGCCUCUGGUGCCAGACGAGCUGAGGAAGAGGAGAAAGGGCGGCGAAGCAGACAGUUUGGAUGAGUUCCUCAAAGAGCUGGAGAACCCAGAGGUGCCUAGAGAGGAGGUCUUGAGUCAGCACAGAGAUGUAAUUGACCAAACUAUCAUGGAGGAGCCAAGCAUGUUGGCAGCUUCUGCAAUGGAGGGCAGUAGGACGACCCUGGAUGAAACAGUCAUGCCUCCACCAUCUACCCCUCGCGGUGUCAAACGCAAGACCCUAGACAAAGAGAGCACCCUUCCUAUGGCUCCCUUAGAGCCACAGCAUGUGGCUGACCGCUCAGUCUUGUCUCAGAGGUUAGACAUGCCUCAGGUGGAUCUGCCCCCAGAGGAGACCAGCCUCAACCUCACCCAGCUCGUCCCCGAGCUCGACCUGAUUGGUGAAAAGAGCAAAGACAAGACGGGUGACAGUGAUGAAGAGGAGGAUGAAGACGGUCAGACUGGAGACCAGGAUCAGGAGGAGAAGAGAUGGAACAAGAGAACCCAGCAGAUGCUGCACGGUCUCCAGCGCGUCAUGGCCAAGACUGGUGCAGACUCCGUAAGCCUGCUUGAAUUGUGCCGGAACAACAACAAGAAGCAGGCAGCUGCCAAGUUUUACAGUUUUCUCGUCCUCAAGAAGCAGCAAGCCAUAGAGGUCACCCAGACUGAGCCCUACAGCGACAUCAUCGCCACUGCUGGACCAAGAUUCCAUCUUAUUUAGACAUCGGAAGAACAGACAAACACUCUGCUUGCAACAGACAUACUU